AUGCCAAAGAAGCAACGUAGUGCAGGGCAUGGCAAAGUCAAGCCGAUACGGCUUAGGUGCUCAGGGUGGAAGAGCAGCCGGGGGAAACCAAAGUUAGAGCGAGCUGGUGUGUGCAAGAGGCUCCUCCGCCGCAGCAACCUCAUCCUCUACACCAAGGUCCAUCUCGUCGGCUCUCAAAGUUACCCUCGGAUCGCCUCACCCCGGCCGUGCAUCGGGCCGCGGCAGCGGAGGCGGAGCAGCUGCCGCCGCCCCAUCACAGACGUGCUGGUUCAGGAAUUCGCGCGUGCACAAUCAACCACCACCGUUUUAGAGCUGAUGAAGGAGGUUCGCAAGCUUGCUCAUGAAUGCGGCGCGCUCAGCGCGCUGGCGAGGUGCCUGGCGGCGCCGACAGCAGCCGCCGCGGGCACUCUGGGCGGUGGCAGUGGCGGCGGCGCCGGCGCCGGCAGCGGAAGCUGCGGCAGCGGUGGUGCCGGUGCUGGUGCUGGUGCUGGUGCUGGUGCUGGUGCUGGUGCUGGUGCUGGUGCCGGUAGCGCACCCCAGGGGAAAGAGCUCCAUGACUUGCAGUUGAUGGUGUCGGACGUGCUGAUUGAGGUGCACAGCCGGCGCUCGCUCAUGUCCCACAAGAAGACUAGUUCCAUCCUGGCGAGCCUGCUGGUGGUGCUACCGGCGCUGGGCUGGCCGGUGAAGAACUCACGUGUCGUUUCCGACAUCGCGGCUCGCCUGACACCCACGGGUAUUGCCGCAAGCAAGCUGGCGCCUGCGCCGCUGGGGAAGGUCUGCAGCGCUUUCCGCACGUUGGCGUGCCUGUCGAGGGCCGCCUCAGCGCACGGUCAGCCGUUUCUCGGCGAGGUGCUGCAUGAGGCGGUGCUGUACUUGCAGACCGAGGUGCUCCACGGGGAGGAUCUGGCCAAGAGGGUAGAUCAGGCGGACAUGGCGGCGCUGGCGGUGAUGGCGCAAAUGAUUUUGCUGUACGACAUGGCGGCGCCGCCGCAGCUGGUCAGCUUGGUCAUGCGGCGAGUGGACCGGCUGGUAGGGGCGGCGCUUCCGUACACGCCGGGCUCCUCCCCCAUCCGUGGCAUGGCGGAGACACCGGAGGUUGAUGACGGCCUAAACAGUCCGGUUGCCGGGUCCGGAUUGGGCUCUCCAAUGCCGUUGAAGGGUGCGGCGGCGGUGGAGGCGCCUGGCGCCGAUCUGGACGUGCCCGCCCUGGCUCGUGUCCUGGUGGCUUGGUGCCGCACGAAACCCGGCCGGCCGGCUCCUGCGGCGUCCUGGCUGAGGCGCCAUGCGGGGCUGGUGCUGCGGACGCAGCACGCCAUAACAGCCGCCACACGUCUGGGCGAGCUGUAUGAAGAGUUGAAUCGCGUGGAUCAGCAGUUAGAGACACUGCUAUGGGAGCAGCAGCGAUCACAGCAGCGAGCGAACAGGCAGCCGCAUGUCGCGGGGUCGCCAUCUGAAAUAUACGGGGGACCGUUUAUAGCAACUGGCAGUAGCGGUAGCAUAUGGGCGGGCGCUGGCGUCGGCGUCGGCGUCGCCGGGGACGGGGACGGCUACAGCCAGACCUGGGCAGCCGCCAACGAUGGCACAACAGCUGGUUGCGUGAUGCGGCAAGGUGCCUGGACGCCGAUGGAGGCGCGUGCUGUGCUGCAAGGCAUGGGGCCGGGGGCGGCACAAGCAGUCACGGCCAUUCUCAGGGCCGCUGCCGCCGCCAAUACCGACGAGCUGUUGGAGCUGUUGGUGGUUCUGGGGGCGCGCCUGGGCAAGGAGGCGGGAGCUAGGCAAGGCAGCUUGGUGGAGGCUGUGUUGGCGGCCCGAAUGGAUGGCUUGGAAGCCCGCCAGGUCUUGCAGGGUCUGGCCGCCCUGGCCGCUAUGGGACACACACCCACGCGGCCCUUUGCCACCGCCGCGCUGCGCCGGCUGCAGCCAAGUCUGCACCUCCUUGGCCCCCGUGACGCUUGGCUCCAGCCACCACCUCUAACACCACCAGCACCAUCAUCACCUCUACCAGAUCAUCUCCAAGGACAGCAGCACCGACCCCCACCGAAUGGGGAUGCCCACAUGUCGCCAACGGACCGGCGCACUGAAGCAAAGACAGCACCCAACAAAGCGGCAGCAGGCGCGUCCAGCGGCGGCAGCAGUGGCGAGGGCGAGUUCCCCUCCCCCUCGCUUGUUGGGCCGGAUGCUGUGCUCGCCAUGCUGUCCCAAUCCAUGGUGGGGAACGGCGGUCUGCCCACAGUGCCCACAGACCUGGUGUGUGAGCUCAUCGCGAUGUCGGAGCAGCUGAAGGCGAGGUUCCCGCCGGGGCACGUAGCGGCGCUGCUGGAGGAUGUGGAGCGGAGGGUGCUGGGGUCGCUGCCGCCGGCGAAGCGCCGGGGGCUGUCUCCCAGGGCACAACAGAUGCGGCGGGAGCUGCGAGAAAAGGUCUUGUUGCCGCUGCUGCGUUCACUUCAUCGCUGUGAUCGGGAAGACCUCUACAUUCUGGCAGUAGCGGAAUGGUCGUUUGAGGGCUUUAAGGGCCUGGACGAGCGUACGGCAGUGCUGCUGCUCUCUGCAUACGCGCUGGGCCAGGCUGCCUGGGACACCACCCAGUUGCUGCUGCAGGUGGUCCAAGACCUCAUUGAGAAGGCCUUACUCAUGCGAAGUGAAUGUCCCAUCAAGCUGUCGGCAGUGAUCCUGGCGGCCAGCCGGGCUUUGCGGGCCAUGGCCGACAAGCUGCAGCGCAAGAAGGGCACCCCCGUCUUGGACGUGACCGACCCACGGGUCGCACUGCUGGUGAUGCCGGCCGUGGACCGCCUGUUACAGCUCGAACCCUCCGCACAGCACAUCGCCCGUGCUGCCCAGGGCCUCUUCGUGGAGCUGGAAUGGCGCGGAGGACCGCAUGCACGCCUGGAGACCUGCAACUUACGGAGCUACGGAUACCUGCUGGCCGCCUGCACCUCCAUCCGCUACCGGCCGCCGAACAAAUGGCUGGCCUUACAAGUGUUUCACUCAACGUCCUCGGCGGCGUUGUCAGCGGAGAUACGAUGGAUCGAUCACAGCCAUCUUGAGGCCGGGGAAUAUGAGGCGACCCACGGGUCAUUGCUGGCCCUGCUGGCGGCCAAGUUGCUGGAGGAGCCGUGGCUGACGGCCUUGUCAAGGAAACCAGACGCCUUGGCGCUUGCAGUCCGCCGGCUGUGGGAGCUGGGCCUACAGCCGCAGCGCGAAUGGCUAGCCAGAUACACGCAACUGCUGCAGUGCAGCCUGCUGGGCUUGAUGUCACUGGAGGGCCUGGCCCAGGUGGCCACGGGCCUGGCGCUCAUGCGCGCGAUGCCGUCACAACCGGCCGCAGCUAGCGUGGCUAAGCUCCUGGAUGCGCUGCUUCUGGAAACCAGCAGAAAGUUGAUAUGCUUGGGGCAUCCGAGUUCCGGCGGUGGCGCUGUCAGCCCAACCGGUGGUGGCGGCCCUUGGGCUGAUGAUGUCACCGCCUGCAGCUUGGACCAGUUGCGAGAGGGUGUGCUGCUGCCGCUAGCCCGCCUGCGUCAGAGCUUCCAGAUACCGGACAUGUACACGCGGGUGUUGCAAGAAUGGUCGGCAGCUGGUUUCGAUGGCCUGGACGAGCGUACGGCGUCGGAUCUUCUCAAUCUGUUUGCGGAAAGGCCGGCGUGGGCUGCAGGUUCAUCCUUUCGGCGGGCUGUGCUGGACUUGCUUGCAAAGGCCUUAUCUCUGCAGUACACCGAUUCCGCCGUGAUGUCGUCCAUGAUCCGUGCCGCCGGCCGGGCUUUGCGUAUCGUGGCCUACAGCACUGCGGCGGGGCGGCCGGCGGGUUCCUCUGUACUGGAGGUGACCGACCCACGGGCCGCAGUGCUAGUGGUUCCAGCCGUAAAGCGUCUUCUACAGCUCAAACCACCUGCCAAGCACAUCUCAGACGCCGUUCAGACGCUGUUUCUAGAGCUAGAGUGGCGAGCCGCCCCAGCAGACACCGUAGCAGCCGACGACGAGCCUCCCUUGUGUCGGCUACUUGCGGAAUUCAACCGGCCUGCCGGCGGAGCUUGUGUCACACCCUCGGCUGCAUCGCCGCCUGUGGCUGCUGCCGCCUACCACAGCCCGCGAACGAUGACAACCACUACGGCGACGGCGACAACGACGCCGCCGCCGAAAACGCAGCUUCCGGUCUUCGUUGUUGGGAUUGAGGAAGCUCAGCGGCUGCUGGCAGAUCUGCUUGAGGCCGCGAAGGGCUCCGGCUUGGGCACCUGCCAGUCGCGAAACCUGGCGGCAUUGCUAGCUGCCUGUGGUGCUGUGGGCUACAGGCCACCCAACAACUGGCUGGUGCAGUUUUACAUCGCCGCCGCUACCGCGCUGCAUGGCGAGGCGGGCACCUCAUCAGUCACCAUCCUGCACAGCUUCGUGCAGGACCUGUUAUAUCAAGACAGCUGGGCGGCUGGCGGUGGAGUUGUGGCAGCGAGCGGGCCAGAGGACGAUGGCAUUGGUGCCAAAGGUGGCGGUAGUGGCACGAAAGCGCAGAAGGAGGAUUGUCGGCUGCAGCGGCCAAAGCAGCAGCAGCAGCAACAAGAAGUGUUGGUUGAUGGGCAAGAGUACGUGAUUGCCAAGGGAAUGCUGCUGAAUGCCUUGGCGACCGCGCUGCUGCGGGAGCCCCUGAUAAAGAGAGCAAAACCCAUGAGCUCACACCUAUCAACGUUAGGCUUGAUCCUCAAAUCGGAACUGGAAUCUCUAACAACACCGAGCAGGACCACCAUUGCAUGUGUUCCGAAGCGGUGCGUUAAGGUGAACCUUUGUGGCCAGCAGAGCUGGGGAGAGACCCCAGACCGGCUACCGCUCCUGUUCCGUCAUCUGGCGGCGCUGGGCCUACAGCCGCAGCGCGAAUGGCUAGCCAGAUACACGCAACUGCUGCAGUGCAGUCUGCUGGGCUUGAUGUCACUGGAGGGCCUGGCGCACGUUGCCGAGGGAAUGGCGCUCAUGUGCAUGGAGCAGCCGCCGGCCCCGCCGCCAUUUCCUUCGCCAAACGCUAUUGCUGCCUCUACUGCGGCUUCUGCUGCUACUGCUUCGCUUCUUGAUAUGCUGCUGUUGGAAGCUAGCCGGAAGCUGGGAAGCCCCGGCUUUCCGAACGACACGUAUCACCUAGGUCUGCUUGCGGGGGGAAUCCACGCUAUGGUCCAGUGCAGCAAGCGACAAGGCGAGGCGUCCUGCAGGAUGUCCCGCCCAAGCCAGGCUCAGCAGCCCCCGCUGUCGCCGCCUCGACAGCAGCCCGGGAUGUCAGCGGCGGCGAGGGCGGCCUGGGAUCACAUCCGCUCGCAGCUCAAGGUUCAGGUCCGCAGAGACGUGGGCGUGCUGGAGCUGCUACGUGCCCGUGAAGCAGCCUUGGAAGCCGCAGCCAACGCUGCCCAUGCCGCCACUCCAGCCACCGCCGCCACCACCGCCGGCGAUGUCGCCCUCCGUCUGCUGCCGCCGGCGCCCCUGCUCGUGGACCUUCUUCGCCUGGUGUCGUACGUAUUGUCCGUACAACGCCGCGACCGCGCCGCCAUGCAGCUCAACAUCAUACCCGGCGCCACCACCGCCGGCGGAGCCGCCGUCGCAACACCAGCUGCUGCAUCCAACCCAUCUGCAGCUACACCACCAGCGUUCGGACAUCACAACGAGGGCAUCGCUUCAAUGGUGGGCGUCGCAGCAUUGGGCCCCGUCUUGGACUACGUGCAUAAGGCCGUCAUGGAUCUCGCCUACCACGCUGCCACACGCGCCGCCAUAGGCACCGACGGUACCUUGACCAAGAUCAGCAGCCCCGCAGCCCGCACCCCCACCAUAGACGAAUGGAUCGAGCUGUUGCGCGCCGUACUAGCCGCCGGUGUACGACUGGAGCCCUCCGACGUCACCCUUAUAUUCGUCGCUAUGACCCGUGGGGCUCACUGGCUAGUGGCCACAGCUGCCGUCGUGCCUGCACGACCGCCAGGUCGGCAGCAGCUGCUGGACGCCUUGUCCCUCAUAGGGAUCGGCCUCCGAGAGGUGCUACUGCCGUUGCUGCCGCAGACGCCUACCCAGCCGCUGCUGAAGCAGCUGCGGGAGGGGCUGCUGGUUCAGUCGUCUGCGGCGGCAGCGGUACUGGAAGCGGCCAGCUGGCAGCACUUGUCAUCCCUGUGCACCUACGGCCUGCAGGUCUGCGGCUACAGCGUACCUGGGGCUGCCAUGUCCCUGCUGCGCACGUGUCUGGCAGCGCAGCCCAUUGGUGAAGACGGCGCUUUCCAUCUCGGUGGUGCAUCAUCCGUGCUCGACGGCCUAGGCGGCGACAGCGUGCUGUGGGCGCUACAGCUGUUGUGGAUGUCUCGCCGAUGUGGCUGCCUGGACAAGAUGCCCGAUAGGCUUUGGAAUGUAGCGUUUGGUUCGUCGGGGGUUCCCCUCGGGCGUGGGGGUCCUCCGGCACUGCUGCACCCGCAGCAGCUGGGGCAGCUGGUGGUGCUACAAGCCGAUCGGCUGCGAUCGAGAGCCGUUGGCGACAGCAGUGGUGGUGGUGAUGGUGGCGGUGGUGGUGAUGGUGGUGUCGUCACAGCAUGUCACAGCAGCAGCAGGCAGCAGAAGCACCAGCACCAAAUUCGUGGCGACGCCUUGGCGACAAGACCCACCCCAAUCCACCUGCCACACAGAUUCCCUUCCACGUGGAUCGAAGCCCUUGCGAGGGCCUUCCAGGACCAGCAGCAGCGGCAGCAGAACGGUUUGACUGGGAGGGGGGCGGGAGGAGGAGGAGGAGGAGGGUCACCGCCGCUGUCGCAGCCGCUGAUGAUGCAGCGCCCGCUGGAACCGCUGGUGGCGGCGCUCGCUGUCUGCUACUGCCUACCAAUCGGCGACGGUAGCGAACGCAGUAGUAGCAAUGUCCCGCUGUUGCAGCACUGCGUGGAGGUGCUGGUGGACCGGGCGCUGCCCGCACUGGUGACUUCCGACCAGCUGCUGCCGUUGGGGGACAUCCCGGUCUUCCUGGAGGCCCUGGAACGGAGGGGCGUGCCGCUGCCGCAGCCGCACCUGCGAGCUAUCGUGGCGCGCCUGGAGGGCAGCAACGGCCCCCCUGUCGUAAGAUCGCUGCUGGCCGCUGCCGCGAGUGGGGCCCCCAGCGGGGGAGGGGCCAUUGCCGUGGUGCCGCUUCUGCCUGCCCUCUCAGCCCUCCUGAGGAAUAACCUGGAGACAAAGGAGCAACUGUUCUCUGUCGACGCCGUGGUCCGCCUCCUGGACACGUCCCACCUGGAUUGCGCUUUGCGACACGGCCUCGUCCUCGGCCCAAAGCACACCAGCAGGGGCUUGACUGGAAACGAUGAUGGCGAAGAGGGAGACGACGGGAAGGACACUGAGGUUGAGGGGGAGGAGCAGCAGGAGGAGGAGGAGGAAGAGAACAGCGAAGACGAGGGAGACGAGGGUGACCCAGCGCUGCCGCUACCUAGGCUGACGAUGCUAGACGCGGCGCAUGUGGCAUUGGUGCGCAGGAUGCGCCCCGUGAUGGAGCUGGACGAGCUGCUGGUUAGACUGCGGCAAUGCGGUGCGAAUGACGAGCAGACGCGGCGGGCGCUGCUGUCGUGCUUGGCUGGGGAAGGCAGCGUCGAGGGGCUGAGUGUGAGGACGGCGCUGGGGCUGCUGCAGCAGCUCAUGGAAAGCGGCGUGAGGGAGCGGCGCGAUAUCACUCUGCGGUGUCGUUGGGAGGCGGCGAAUAUGCUGCCACGUCGGAGGCCGAGCACCAGCGGCGAGGUGGUGAUACCUUGGCGGCGGAACCUGGGAGAUGGCGGUGGCGGCGGCGGCGUCCAGGGGGGAUUCCAGAACAUCAGCGUUGCGCUGCUAGGGGAAAAGGCUGGCAGCGGCGGCGAUGGCGGCGGCGGCGGUGGCAGCGACGUACCUGACGGACCCUAUGCGCGCCUGACGGUCCGGCUGGCGAGGCGUCUGGCAGUCCUGUCCAACAGUGGCGCGUUUGGGCUGGUGGGUCUGCGGGAGGCGGCGGAGGCGCUGCGUUUGCUGGCGGUGCUGAUGCGGCGGCUGGAGGGCGUGAUGGCGUGGGGGGAGUUCUGGCGCAGCGUGUACGGCAUCUGCAGCUCAGUGGCAUGCCAGGAAAGGAUACAUCCGCAGGCUGUGGAUCAUCCCGCGCUGCUGUUUGAGUAUUUGGAAGCGGCAUAUGAGCUAGGUGGGGCGUACUGCAACGACCUGGUGUUCCGAUCCAAGCACCGAACUACGACCACCAGCGAGGUCCGCAACGCAGCCCAGGCGCUGCUAGGGGAUGACCCCGCGCGCGUCGCUGCCUUCGCUGCGGAGCUGUCCCACGCCUCAUGGGCCACCUCGCAUGCAGCCCGCCGGGCCAAGAUCCGACUAGGCCUGCAGCCCGAGGACCUCAGCACCUACCCUAUCUCCGCCGCUGGCGUGCGUAACCUGGCUCAUGCCGUACGGCCCCUGUUGGAGCGCCACCUAGCAGCUAUGAAAGAGCGGGAAGAGCGGGAGAAGGAGGAGGAGCAGAAGGAACGGGAGAAGGCUGAGGGGAUUCUGGGGGUAGGGCAUACACGGGAAGGGGGAUGGGGCCAAGGGCAUGGGCUGCAGGCAGAAGCCGGGGAGGGGGAGCUCGGUCUGCGGAUUGCUGCCGCUGCUACUGCUGCCGCUGCCGCCGGACGGAGGAAUCCGGGACAUGGUGGCGGUAGCGGUGGCGCCUUUAAGGUGGUGAAGUUUCCGGAUGCCGAGCUGACGAGGAAAGCGUUAUUGCCGACAGACCCACGGGUCUUCUCGGCGCGGCAGCUGGGGCUCUUGUUCGGCCUGCUGUUCUUUCACUUCCAUGCGCUGCCGCCGUCAGCCCAGGAGCUGGCCAUUCGGGCUCACAUGGCUCUCUCUCCGCUGGUCGCCAACCUCGCCGAGCGGUCCGAGGGCAGCACCCCCCUGGAGCACCUAACCGCGGUGCUGGACGCGCUGGAGCCGGUCGCCCUCGACACCGGCGACCUCCACUCCAACUUCGACGACCUCUUCCACAUGUCGGUACUGCUCUCCGCGCCGUUGUGCCGCGUGAUGAUGAUGACCAUCGGAGCCGAUCACGGCGGCGGCGACGGCAGCGGCGGCGGCGACGAGCCGCUGCCAGUGGGCUUGGACCCCUGGGAUGACGCCAUGCUAGUGCGGUCGCCUUUUGAGCUGAUGUGGCCGGGGUGCGGACGGCGCCACGGCAUGCCCGGCGACGCUGCCGGAGGUACGGCGCGAGCGGCGUACGUGCGAGCCGUGGCGCCAUGGCUGACGGCGGGCCGGCGCGUCGCCCGAUUGCUGCACUCCACUCGCCAACGCGACGCGCUGGCGGCGGCGCUGGAGCAGCAGCAGCAGCCACCGCAGCCGCCAUUACUUAAGCCGCAGCCGCCAGCUGGGGAGGGCCAGGGGUCUGGCGCAGUCGCCGCCGCCGCCGCCGUGGCCGAUUACCCAGGCGUCAAUCACAAUAAUAACAACAAUAUUAACGACAGCUCCAGCUCCAGCACCAGCUCCAGCAGCGGCUUACCCUUGGUGCAGACGCCGUCAGCAUUGAUCAGCGCCAACGUGCCCGCCAGCGUGGCGACCGCGGCUGUGGAGCAGGUGGAGCAGCUGCGGCAGCGGGUGGCGGAAGGCUCAUCGAUGGAGGUGGCCAGGCUGGUACUUAUGACGGAUGCGGUAGCGCUGCUGGAGGCGGAGGCCGAGGCGGAGGCCGAGGCGGAGGCCGAGGCGCGGCGCCCUGAGGGGGAGGAGGAGGAGGAGAAGGUGGAGGAGGAGGAGGAGGAGAAGGAGAAGGUUACGGUGUACGGACUGUACGUCAAUUGUUUAAAGACUUACUGA